AUGUUCGACCAGGCCACCACGAUGGGCGAUGGGAGCCUCCGCUGCGGACCCGCUCCGCUCGGGUCCCGGUCCCCGGUGCAGAGCUCCAGCGACACCCCGGGGACCUCCGCCUCCACGCCGACCUCCUCCAGCGAGGACGGGCACGACAAACUUUUGGGAGUGGACCCGGACUACUGUCGGAGGAUAUUAGUGAGGGACGCCAAAGGCACCAUCCGGGAGAUCGUCCUUCCCAAAGGCCUCGACCUGGACCGGCCCAAGCGGACCCGCACUUCCUUCACCGCCGAGCAGCUGUACCGGCUCGAACUCGAGUUCCAGCGGUGCCAGUACGUGGUUGGCCGGGAGAGAACCGAGCUGGCCCGGCAGCUGAACCUCUCCGAGACCCAGGUCAAAGUUUGGUUCCAGAACCGCCGGACCAAGCAGAAGAAGGACACCACCAAAGAUUCGGACAAACGCUCCUCCUCCACCUCCGAGUCCUUGGCCACCUGCAACAUCCUGCGCCUCCUGGAGCAGGGUCGCCUCCUGGCCGGCCCCGCCCCCCCCCACAACUCCCUGCUGGGGCCUCACAACGGCUCCCUGCUGAGCAGCCCGGGCGGAGGCUCCUCCCCCGGCAUCAGCAGCAGCACCCCGUCCGGCCUAUCGGGGGGGACAUUCGGGCUGUCGCUGCCGUCCCUGGGCGGCACCCCGCCAUCGCCGCGGCUGGGCCUCCCGCCGCCGCACUCCCUGUGCUUCUCCAUGCCGCUGCUGGGGGGCGCUCAUCACGAACUGACGUCCUCUUACGGCUGCGGCUCCUCGGCCUUUGAGCCGUACAUGCGGCUGGACAGGAAGGAGUCCGACCUGGGCGGGAAGAAGACGGUUUCUUAA